AUGGCUUCCUCUCCUCCAUAUAACAAUUUAACCUACUACACCUUUGGCACCCCCAAUGGUCUAAAGCCUGCAAUCGUUCUGGGGGAACUCGGCCUUAAAUAUAAGGUUGAGACUGUUGACAUCAGUAAGAAUACCCAGAAGGAAGAGUGGUAUCUUGCUAUCAACCCAAAUGGCCGCAUUCCCGCUCUCAAGGAUGGCGACCUGCGUGUUUUCGAGACUGGCGCGAUUAUGUUGUACUUGACCGAUCAUUACGAUAAAGACAACACGCUCAACUAUCCUCAUGGCAGCUCAGAAUAUUACGAGGUCUUGUCCUGGCUCAUGUGGCAGAUGGGGGGUCUCGGUCCCAUGCAAGGCCAAGCCAACCAUUUCCGUGCUAUGGCAGGAGUCUAUUCUGAAUACGGCAUCAAGCGAUACAUGGACGAGACUAAACGUCUAUUUGAUGUUCUUGAGUCUCGUCUUAGCAAGGCUGACUGGCUGGCUGGCGAUAAGUACACCAUCGCCGAUAUCGCUAGCUAUUCAUGGGUGCGAGCUGCACCCAUUUUCCUAGACAUUCAAUUAGAUGCUUGGCCUGGCAUGGACAAAUGGUUCAAGCGCAUCGCUGAACGAUCGGCUGUGCAACAAGCCCAGAAAAUUGCUGAAGGGGGGAGGACCGUCGAGGAACUUGCAAAGCUGGGCGAAACCAUGCGAAACAAGAUCGAUGCUAUGAAAGAGACCAACCGCGAUUCCUAG